AUGUCAUCGUCGACGACCGAGUACCUCGCCCAGCCAAAUGCCCCCCCAGCCCUCAACAUCCCAUCAGGGGACACGGUGUCUGUGAAACUGAUAGACAGCACGGCCGAGCUCCAGGCUCCCCUCUCUCAUUUAAUGGGCCCCAGUAUUCCAGGCCACGACUAUAUCCGGUGCCCCGCGCUGGCGUUCCUCAUCGAGCACAAGUCAGGGCGCAAAACCCUCUUCGACCUGGGCAGUCGCAAAGAUCCCGAGAACUUUGCACCCUUUAUCCUCAAACUCAUCACUCAGCCCGGCUGGGGCGCCGCGGCCAAGAAAGACGUGGCGGAAAUCCUCGAGGAGAACGGCGUUGCCACCGCGAGCAUCGAGGCCGUCUUCUGGUCUCACUGGCACUACGAUCACAUCGGGAACAUGCAGACUUUUCCGGGUUCCACCAAGCUCAUCGUCGGCCCCGGGUUCAAAGAUGCAUUCACGCCCGGAUACCCCAAGAACAAGAAUAGCCCCGUGCUUGAGAGUGACUGGGAGGGCCGAGAGUUGAUCGAGUUGUCCUUCGAUGGCGACCUGAAACUGGGUGGGUUCCAGGCCCUUGACUACUUUGGCGACGGGAGCUUCUAUCUUCUCGAUGCCCCGGGCCAUGCCAUCGGCCACAUUUGCGCGCUGGCUCGCGUCACCGGCGACGGCGACGACACUUUCAUCUUCAUGGGCGGCGACGCCUGUCAUCAUGGAGGCGAGUGGAAGCCCAACCAAUAUCUUCCGCUGCCGCGAGUCCUCAACCCGUCGCCGCUCCGGACGGGCGGCGUGUGUCCGGGCGCUCUGUUCGAGAAGCUGCAUCGCGACCAGAGCGCCACCAAGGAAUUCUACGUCCUUGCGGCGAACUUCUCCCACGAGCAUUCCCAGGCCGAGCAAACCAUCCACUACCUGCAGGAGUUCGACGCCGCGCCGAACGUGCUCUGUCUGAUCGCACAUGACACGGCUGUCCUGGACCCCGCGGCUGGCGUGCCGUUCUUCCCCCACGGAACCCUGAACAAGUGGAAGAAGAAUCGGAUAGACGAGAAGAUCCGCUGGUCGUUCCUCAAGGAUUUUGCAGACGCUGUCGACCGUGGUGUCAGGCAGAGUGAUAUUAGUACUAUGGAGGCAGGCCUGCCCACUCCUGCCGACACGGCCGAUCUGUUCGAGAGGAUUUGCCAGGAUGAAAUCAACAGACGGGAUCGUCUCAAACUAGCCAACGAAGCCCGUGCAAAAACGGCCAGCAUCUACUUUCAAACCAUCCAGAAAGCCGAGGGCGCGAUCAAGGACAUAGCGAGCAUUGACCCUAAGCACUGGGGUCGUGCAGGAGCCUAUUAG